UUGAGUCGACUGUUGCCAUAGCAAGUGCAAACCUUACCACAGACGUAGAAGAAAGAUGCGAGUAUUUUUGCUUUCCUAGGCGCAAAGUAGGACCCGACCUAAACAAAAGCAAAUAUGGAAGCGUCAGUAGAGUCUCUUAACGAAGAUUUGGAGACAGAAAUUCACAAUGCUAAAUCAUAUUUAUUGAAAACAAGCGCUUCUUCGAAUAUCAAUGUAUAUGAUCAUCUUGCGAGUGUUUUAACUCAGCUGUUAACAGAUCGCCCUGAAGCUUCUACAGAAAUUUUAGAUGAACUCGUUAGAGAUAAAAAAAGAGCUGUAUUUAAGCCAAAUUUCGACACAAUUCAGGACCAGAAAGAUGACUCUACAGAAGUCCUUCUGGCCAGAACACAGCAGACUCUUUUUGAGAGAAGACCAGAGAAAUCCUUUAUUGAACCAGAACCAGAGCCAGAUCCUGAACUUGAUGAAGACCUACUUGAAAGUCCUCUACCCGACAUUAUGGAGCUUGCAAACUACUUUGAACAAGCUGGAGUGGGUCUCAACAGAGAAGAGACAUUCAGGAUAUUUCUAGCUCUAAAACAGCUUGUUGAUUCACACCCUAUCAGGAGCUGCCGGCUAUGGGGAAAAAUUCUUGGUCUUCAAGGUAACUACAUAAUUGCAGAGGUGGAGUUCCAUGAAGGAGAGGACCCAUUGGACAUGGAGGAGCCUCAAGAGCAUGAGAAAGAAAAUCCUGAUUUUAAAGCUGCUGAUUUAGUUAAAGAAGGAGAUUUUGAUGUAGAAGAUGAUGAUAUACCAAAAGCUGACUACAAGCCUCCAUCUUUUGUUCCUAAAGAAGAGAACAGAACAGGAUGCAAUAAGAAAACUUACUUUGUCUGCACAGAAGCUGGUAAACCCUGGGUGCGAUUACCAUCAGUUACUCCAGCACAGAUCAGAGUCGCCCGACAGAUCAAGAAAUUUUUCACAGGAAACUUGGAUGCUUCAGUUGUCAGUUACCCUCCAUUUCCAGGCAAUGAGGCAAAUUUCUUGCGGGCCCAGAUAGCUCGUAUUUCUGCAACUACCCAUAUUAGCCCACUGGGGUACUAUAUGUUUGAGGAGGAGGAAGAAGAAGAGGAUGAGGCUGCUGCUAGGGACACAUUUGUGGUAAAUCAAGAGUUUGAGGGCUUAACAGUUGGUGAUAUGACAGAUCCAUCUUGUGCAAACUGGGUACACCAUGUGCAGUACAUCCUUCCUCAGGGUCGAUGUAGCUGGUUUAAUCCAUCACAGAAAAAGGAUGAAGAGGAAAUGGAAGAGGAGGAUGAAGAAGAGGAAAGGGAAGAACCAGAUGAGCCAGAGCCAGAAACUGGACCACCUCUACUUACGCCACUGUCAGAAGAUGGUGAGGUUGAUGGCAUGCCACCCUGGGCUACACACAAGUCCUCCACUCUCAUUCCUCAGUACUCCAUCAGUGUAAUGCAUUCUAACCUUUGGCCUGGCGCACAUGCCUUUGCACUUGAAAGGAAAUUUGAAAACAUAUAUGUUGGAUGGGGACAGAAGUAUGCGGCUGACAACUACAGCCCGCCUCCACCCCCUGUACCCCAAGAGGAAUACCCCAGUGGUCCAGACAUCACAGAGGCUGAAGACCCUUCUGUGGAGGAAGAGAAGGCCUUAAAAGCAGCCCAACAAGAGGCCCUAGAUGCUCAGGAUAUGGAAGAAGAAGAGGAAGAUGAGGACGAGGAUGAUUAAAGCGACAGUUUUACAUAACACCCACAUCCAUAAAUCCUGGAAAUCAUAAAACAAGUUACAGUUUUUAUCAAAACAGCUACAUUAUUCAUUAUUCAUGUCUUAGUAACAGAGGCUAAUGUUCAAGAAAUCUUUGAGGAUAAUGUAUGUGUAAAUAGCUGGAUAUAUAAUGGAGAACAUUCAGAAUUGGUUUUAGUAAAGUUUGCAAAUCUUGUACAGUUGUUUGUUCUGGUAAAUAAAAUACAUUCAUUUUA